CUAUUUUGCGAGGGGCAUCAUCUCUUUGAGGGUCUACCGAACUGCCAGGGACUUUUCGCCUUGGUGGUUUCACUCUCCCGCAAUUGGCGUGGCUUGCAGUUCUUGAAUGGUGUUGUUGGGGCCAACCUCAUCAACAAGUUCCGAGGUGACUCUGGCUCAACCCCGGCAUACGGUAGUGGGUUCAUCGAUCAGAUCGAGGAGUUGGACACUGUUUUGAAGACCGAGCCUGAGGAGCUGGUGCGCGAUAUCCUGUGGACCGUCAACAAGGAGGGCAUGACUGCGACUGAGUUGUGUCGUGACUCUGGCACAUGUCAGAAAGAUCCUCGCAUGGGUUCACUGGUUGCCAAUGCUGGUGUCAUCUUGGUUGAUCAAGGCUUGCAAAUGUUGGAGCAGUCGACCACCGAGGAUUCUGAUAAUAUUUGGGGACAUGUAAAGACACAGUUCCAGUUUCUUGAGAAUAGAUUGAAGGUUCUCGAGUUUGAGAACAAAGCAAUGAGAGAGCUGUUGAUAGACGUGUCUGCUGACAUGCGCAUCCGCCAAGGGAUGCAAACGAUCUCCACCAGAUCGAGAGAGAUGAAGGAGGCACAGGAGCGUGAGUUUGAAGAUGAGCAGGCAGUGAAGAUGGAACACUAUGAGGCUCGGGGCAGGAGUCCUACGCCAGAGAAGAAGACUUCUUGA